AUGGGUGAACAGUAUCCAAUGGACUCUAAAAACUCGGUUAAAGUAGUUGUUCGCGGUGAUGAUCACGAAUUUUCAGAAGAGCUGGGUGAACAAAUCGUUGUUGAAGAAACCUACAUAGAUCCUCUAGAAGAAAAUGCAUUGACCAGAAAAUUGGACAGACAUUUACUGCCCAUGCUGGCAUUUAUGUAUUUUUUGUCAUCUUUGGACCGCUCCAACAUUGGAAAUGCUUAUACUUCCGGAAUGAAAGAAGACCUAAACCUUUCGUCGCGUCAGUACUCAAACGCAGUAUCGGUAUUUUACUCCACGUACCUGGCAGCUGAAUUGCCGGCCGUUUGGCUACUGAGAAUUGCAAAACCUCGCUAUUACAUGUCUUGCUUGGUUUUGUCUUGGUCGCUUAUCACUUUGUUUAGUGGAUUUGUACAGAGUUAUCACUCUCUGCUUGCAACGAGAGUCCUGCUAGGAGCCUUUGAAGGCGGAUUUUUUCCUGCGAUGACACUUCUUAUCACCAUGACAUACAAGCCACAAGAGCAGGCGAAGAGAAUAGCAUUUUUCUUCGGCUCUUCCGCAUUGUCUGGAGCAUUCGGUGGACUCAUUGCGACAGGUUUGGCUUCUGUUAAGAAUGCAGGUGGUCUCGAGGGUUGGAGAUGGCUGUAUAUCAUCGAGGGUCUAAUAUCAGUAUGUGCGUCUGCGUGGCUCUUCUUUGGCCUUCCUGAUGACCUAGAACACAUGAAAUUUCUUAACGAGAAGGAGACUGCACUGAUGAAGAUUAGAGCGAAACAGCGUAUUCAGUAUAUGGGAGCAGAUUCGACUUUUAGUUGGAGCCAUGUUUUACUGGCCUUCAAAGAUUUCAAAACUUAUUUUGCUUUCACGAUCCAAUUUUGCCAAGAUAUUAUCCUUUAUGGGUUUAGCACUUUCUUGACAGCUAUUCUCAAGCUUGGUUUGGGUUACAGUUCGAGGAAAGCUCAAUACAUGAGUGUUCCGGUGUACAUUUUGGCCGCGAUCGUGUUCAUGAUAUCGGCUUAUGUGAGUGACCGUUAUAAGAUCAGAGGUCCAGUAUUUUUCGGUUAUAAUAUAUUAGGUGCAGCCGGUUAUGUCAUACUUUUAUCGGUGAAGAAUGACGCUGUAAAAUACUUUGCCUGUUAUUUGAUCACAUUUUCACUCUACACAGGAACCGGACUCAAUAUUACUUGGCUCACAAAUAACGUUGCUCCUCAUUACAAAAGAGCAACAGCUUUGGGGCUGAAUCAAACCUUGGGCAAUCUUGCGGGUGCCAUCGUUGGGCAAGUUUACAACAAAUCGCCUUAUGUCCUCGGAAACUCCUUUUCGUUGGGUUGUAUUGUACUAUCAAAUAUUCUAACAGCUAUUCAGAUAGCGUGGCUAGUAAGAAUCAAUAAGCAAAAAGAGGAGAUUUUGGCUGGCACCAGAAAAGAUACCAAAAAGGAGAGAAUUGGAGACGAUGCUUUGGAUUUCAAAUACUGUCUAUAA